AUGAGUUAUGGUCCUAGUGCUUAUGAACUUGUAGAAUUUCGACAGAAAAUCAAAGGUGGAUCAAGCUCUUUUGAUGAAGUCAUUCUGAAUUUUCACUUCUCCUACUUUUGGAAUCGAGGAGAUCCAGAAUUACUUGAUUAUAUCAUCAAAAACGCAAAACUUGUCUUCAAUAGUGCCUUAUUUUUGCGAGACACAGAAAAGAAAGUGAUUUUGAUUUGUAAGGCAUUGUUAACAACGAAUAGAAUUAGUAUUUACCCAGUUUUUAUGACAAGAUCAAAUUUCUUUAAUUUUUAUGUGAAUUUUGCUCAAAAACUUAAAAAGCAAAGCAAACUCACUCAAGAUGCAUAUUUCGAAAUACUUAGAAUCAUUACUCAAAACGCAACUGUUUUAUUUCCUUCAUUUAAAACAAAAGAAUACAUAGAUGUGCUUGUCAGCAACUUAGAUAUUGUUCCAUGUUAUGAUUUUCUUACUCUUUUAGGAACUGGCGGAAAAGAAUCUUCAUUUUUGAAGAAUAUCAAUUUCUUGGACAUGAUUGUAGAUAAAAUAGUUGAAAACUCAAAUGCCUCAUAUCAUGCACAAAAUAUUAUUAUUAAAUCUUUCGAUUCUUCCCUUUAUUCUUACAUAAUAAACUCAUUAAUGCUUGACAACAAGUUCGCUCAGAUAAUUGACAACUCGAUUCAAUCUCCCAACCCAGAUACAUUCGAGUUCUUACGUUUAAUCAUUGAAGAAGCCGAAUAUCAUUUUGGAAUUUCGAAUUGGAAGAGAACAAUUCAUUUGGUCGAUUACAGAUUGUCAGAUUUCAUCAAAAUUUUUACAAGCCAAGAACAAUUUACGAAAAUUUCGAAAUCAGUCUGUUCGUUGACUUUGGUCGUGUUGAAAUACACAAAGCGUAGGACAGCUGACAUCGAUUCGAUAUUCUACAAGCUUUGUACUGAUUUCUUUAAGUACAAAUGCAACACAUUUUUGCAUAAUACUUUUCUCAAGUUCGUACGGGAUUACAAGAGCUACAAACUGCUGGAUGAUGAGAUGCUCAAGUCAUCUCACUUGUUUGAGAUGAUAAUUCAGGCGUUCGAGACGUUUGAUAAGCAAUCUUGUUCGUAUUGGGGCCAAUUGUACGAAAUUGCAAAAUUGGUCAAUCCGUACUUUAAGAGCAAUGACCAGAAAACAGUUGAAGAAUGGAAAAAGAUCAUAAACUACAUAGGACAAGCAAAUAAAAUAAUGAACUCGAAUUAUGGCGGCAGAAUUCCAUUUGUCAUUAGAAUACAGAGACGUGGAUUGGAAACAAUUAUUGCUUUCGGACUUAUUUGUCUUGUUGUUGUUAUUUUGAUUUAUUUAUUGGUUCCUUCUUCAAGAUAA